CUGUGACAUCGCUCCUCGAUCUUCACUUAAUGGACGAAACCGAACGCGACACGCUUUCGGUCUACUUUAACCCACCUCUUUGGGCGCAACGCAUAGCAUGGGUACUGGAUCGGAUAAGAAAGUACUCGGUUCGCACUAUUUUAGAUUUGGGUUGUGGUGAAGGACAGUUGCUAAGGUGUCUCGCACAACCAGCCCCCUACCUCUGUGAUGCCACUCUGCCUCUCGAUGUAGAUGUCUCAUCGCGAGACGUUUAUCCCUCUCUCAUGGCGGGGAUUGAUAUCUGUACCAAGAGUUUGGAACGUGCCAGAGCGGCCACAGAACCACAAGAAAUGGAUGAUUCUGCUCCUAGAUAUGCAACUGUUUCUCCUCGCUGGAACCCUCUGACGAUUGAACUAUGGCAUGGAGAACUGGAGGUUGCUAGUGACCAGUUCUUAAACCGCUUUGAGUGCAUCGUAUCUACUGAAGUUGUGGAGCAUUUACCUCGAGAAGUCCUGGACAGAUUCUUUCCCUUAGUGUUAGGCUACUAUCGUCCUCAAUUCCUCCUCCUCACAACCCCAAACUACAACUUCAACGAGCUGUUUACGAAGCCAGGGGAACCCUCCCCCACGGGCUACCCUGACCCAACCGGUGACACAGACCGCGUGUUCCGGCAUCAUGACCAUAAACGUGAAUGGACGCUUCCUGAGUGGCGCCAAUGGUGCGAGAAGGCUGCUCUUCAGUACGGAUACAACAUCGAAAUAGGCUGUAUUGGGGUCCCUGAGGCAAAAGAUCCUUAUGGUCGCUCUACAUCAAUACUCGGCAAAGCUACCCAUACAGCGGUCUUCGAACGCGGAGAUCAUCGCCAGCGAAUCAUACCACCAUCUUCUAAUGAUGCAAGAAUCCCGGAGCUUGUGGCAUGCCACAUUCAUCCCGUUCAUUGUCGAGCGGGUAAACCCCUCAGUGCUCAGGAGAUCCGAGAUCGAGUCAAAUUGUCAUUGUCACAAAGCCCAUCAAAUGAGCUUCCCGUAGAACAAAUGUGGAAGGAAGACAUCGAUAUCGCAUGUGGAGGGUCACGAAAGGCUCUCAUUGACGCGCUGAUACAACGACCCUCAGAUGGAUCGGAACCAGAAUGGCAAAUUACCGAAGCCGGCGCUGACAUAGGCAAGUGGCUAGUUCUCUGGAAGAAUUGGACGCCAGAGAUGUUUAAGGAGGCCCAAAACCUGUGGAAUGGACUUGGUGAUGUUGACCGGGAAGAAAUUGGAGAAGUAAUUGACCACGCAUGGGACGAAUGCAGCCAAGAAUGGUGGCUGGGGAUUCAACAGCCAACAGAGGGAGACGGAUGGUCACACCAUCAUUGGGACAUUACAACGGAAGUUGAUUCCAACUGGGAAAAUGAGGAAUGGCCAAAGAGUCUGAACGAAGACGCAGUAGAAGAGGUAACGGUGUAAUAAUGUUCAAAUUCGCCUAAUUCUGAGAAGUCAUGGUGUGUACGGCAUCUCGUCAAAAAGACAAGUGCAAUAAAAAUAACGGCGAGCCUUCUG